CCAGGCGGCCGUGGGCAUCCAGGCUACUCGGCUGCAGCGCCCGGCCAGCCGGGUCCGAGAAGUGCCAGGACGCUCUGGGCGUCCCUGGCCGGUGACCCAAGCUCCACAGCGCAUCUGUCGGACCGGCAUGGCACCUCCCGGUGGCCACCCUGGCUGGUCUUGAAGAUCUGAGUCUGGGUUCUGGUUGAAAGAUGUCGGCCCUCACCAGCCUGUUUAAGUACAUCAAUGAUAAUCAGGAUCGCUACAUUAAGAAACUUGCAAAAUGGGUGGCCAUCCAGAGUGUGUCUGCAUGGCCCGAGAAGAGAGGUGAAAUCCGAAGGAUGAUGGAAGUGGCCGCUGCAGACAUCCAGCAGCUGGGCGGCUCUGUGGAACUGGUGGAUAUCGGAAAACAAAAGCUCCCUGAUGGGUCCGAGAUCCCGCUUCCUCCCAUUCUGCUCGGCAAACUGGGUUCUGAUCCAAAGAAGAAGACAGUGUGUGUCUAUGGCCACCUGGACGUGCAGCCCGCAGCGCUGGAGGACGGCUGGGACAGCGAGCCCUUCACCUUGGUGGAGCGGGAUGGCAAGUUGUACGGGAGAGGCUCCACUGACGACAAGGGUCCAGUGGCCGGCUGGAUGAAUGCCCUGGAGGCUUAUCAGGAGACAGGCCAGGAGAUUCCCGUCAACAUCCGCUUCUGCCUGGAGGGCAUGGAAGAGUCCGGCUCCGAGGGUCUGGAUGAGCUGAUUUUUGCGCAGAAAGACAAAUUCUUUAAAGACGUGGACUACGUCUGCAUCUCCGAUAACUACUGGCUGGGGAAGAAGAAGCCUUGCAUCACCUACGGGCUCAGGGGCAUCUGCUACUUUUUCAUCGAGGUGGAAUGCAGCGACAAGGACCUCCACUCUGGGGUGUAUGGGGGCUCGGUGCACGAGGCCAUGACCGACCUCAUUUCACUGAUGGGCUCCCUGGUGGACAAGAAGGGGCACAUCCUCAUCCCUGGCAUUAACGAGGCUGUGGCUACCUUGACGGAGGAGGAGCACAAGCUCUACGACCACAUCGACUUUGACAUGGAGGAGUUUGCCAAGGACGUAGGGGCCAAGACCCUCCUGCAUGACUGCAAGAAAGACAUUCUCAUGCACCGGUGGCGGUACCCGUCCCUCUCCCUCCACGGCAUCGAAGGCGCCUUCUCUGGGGCAGGGGCCAAGACCGUGAUUCCCAGGAAAGUGAUUGGCAAGUUCUCCAUCAGGCUCGUGCCAGACAUGACUCCCGAAGUCGUGAGUGAGCAGGUAACCAGCUACCUGACCAAGAAGUUUGCUGAACUACACAGCCCCAACAAGUUCAAGGUGUACAUGGGCCAUGGUGGGAAGCCCUGGGUAUCCGACUUCAACCAUCCUCAUUACAUAGCUGGGAGAAGAGCUUUAAAAAAAGUGUUUGGUGUUGAGCCAGACUUGACCAGGGAAGGCGGCAGUAUUCCGGUGACCCUCACCUUUCAGGAGGCCACCGGCAAGAACGUCAUGCUGUUGCCUGUAGGAUCAGCAGAUGAUGGCGCUCACUCCCAGAAUGAAAAGCUCAACAGGCACAACUACAUAGAAGGGACCAAGAUGCUGGCCACGUACUUGUACGAGGUGUCUCAGCUGAAGGACUGAGCCAUCCUCGUGGAGUGACACCCCUGCCCAUGCGCUCCCUCUUCUCCCUGCUUGUCAGGCCACGCUUACUUCCCAGAAUGGACAUGUGUGUGUCCAGCAGUUAGGAGUGGUGAGGCCUGGGGGGUCACUGGGGCACUGACAACAACUGAGUCACCCAGAGAGAGUCUCACAAUGGUCUGUACAACCUGACCUCCAGAAAUCAGCCACAGUCCAAAAGCACACCUUGUUCCAUGGAAAGUGCUGGUUGUCACAACACUGGGCAGACAGAGGACUUGAUGCCUGGCUCACACGAUGCUCAUGUGGAAUCUUCAGAAUGGAAACGAGGAGACGUGCCCCCUCACUGUCGAGGUCCUGUCCCUCUCAGGACCAUGCCUCCAUCUCCCCCUCUUCUCUUUCUUGUGAUCCCUCAGAACCUAACUGGCAGGUUAGGUCUGUGCUGCUGAAUAAAAAUGAAAUGAAGCCCCUGGGAGCUGCUGCAGCUGCCCUAUUCCUGUGCACACACUGGGGCCGGAUUCUGGCUAAUCUCAUCUGUGUGUAGUGGCGGGGUGGCAAUCGGGUCUUUCCAAGUGAGUGUACUUCUUCCCCAGCCAAAAUGAUGGGGAGAGGCUCACUCAGCACCCUGAGGUUCAGAGGAACAUCCCUGUCUUCCCUGCUCCUUAAUGCUGCUGAGCCACUGGAAGGCCAGCUGGUUUAAACAAAACUAAGGAAAGAACACCGAUAGGAAAGAACAGACUCAGCAGAAGGCACCAGGCUGCCUGGUUGUGGCUGAUUCCCGGGCAGGGGCUGGGAAAACCCCAGGUGAGCCUGGGUCACCUCGAGGCAGGGAGCAGGGCUGUGCAGGGGCAGGUGGGAGGAGCUUGCAGUGGCCAAAGGGGGCAAUUUGAGCGGGGGUAAAAUAACAACCCUACCAGAUGGAGACCCAUGGAAAUGCAGGCCCCAGGAGACUGGGUGAGUGGGUGGAUGGGGACUGAGCUGCCUUGUGACAAACCUGGUCAGUGCACAGGGAAGGACAGGAAGAUCACCACUAGAGCGCCACAGUCACUGUAGGCAAGACCCCCUAAUGUUCAGACCGUCCCUGGUCAUGAGCCAGACCAGUGCUGCAGAUGUGUUCUUAAGUUGAAUUUGCACGUAUGUUGGAACAGGUACAUUUACUGUUACUGUAAUAGCCUUGGUUUGUAAGUGCAAGCGGUAUGUAAGUCAGAUGUUUGUAACUUGGGAACUGCCUGCACACCAAAAUUGAUGGGCAAAGGUUUAAGGAAUAAGACAUUUCCCUGGCUUAGAAGAUGUUGACCCCCAGGGAAAACUGACCUUGUGGUAGAGAAAACUGGCAGAUGCUGUCCUAACCAGGUGGUCAAAAUGAGCCUCAGCAGUAAUCAGUAGUUCAGUAUCACCACCCAUCAAUCAUAUCCAUCAUGCUCACUGUGAAAAACAAACUCAAAUUGAAAAAAUCUGAAUAA